UCAGAAGGCGCUGUGAGCUGCAGACUCCAAAAAAGUGUUCUCAUUAGUGCCACCUGCAGAGACAGAAGAGGAGUGCCUGGCCAUUCGAGGGAGCUCCUGACAGUGACACAAUGACCAGAACAGAGGUCAGCGAGGUGGACUGAAGGCUGCUACUGCUGGGAAGCAACAAAGGCUGGGGCAAAAGAGCCUCCUCUGCAAUGGAGAAAUUUCAGGCUGCGAUGCUGCUGGCGAGUGUUGGGGAUGCUCUUGGUUACAGAAACACCCGCAAGGAGAACAGUUCUACAGGCACGAAGAUCCAGGAGGAGCUGCAAAAACUCGGGGGGCUGGACCACCUUGUACUGUCGCUGGAGAAAUGGCCUGUGAGUGACAAUACCAUCAUGCACAUGACGACAGCCGGGGCCCUCACCACAGACUACUGGUGCCUGGAUGACCUGUACCGGGAGAUGGUGAAACGCUAUGUGGAAGUCCUCGAGAAGCUUCCAGAAUAUCGAGCAGACCCAGCUACCAUUGAAGGCUGCUCGCAGCUGAAGCCGGAUAACUAUCUCCUCGCCUGGCACACACCUUUCAACGAGAAGGGCUCAGGAUUUGGAGCUGCCACCAAAGCGAUGUGCAUUGGCAUGCGGUACUGGAAGCCUGAGAGGCUGGAGACCCUCAUUGAAGUCAGCAUCGAGUGCGGCAGGAUGACGCACAACCACCCCACAGGUUUCCUCGGGUCCCUGUGCACAGCCCUGUUUGCAUCCUACGCCAUACAAGGAAAGCCACUAGAGCAGUGGGGGAGAGACAUGAUGAAGACGAUCCCACUCGCUGAAGAAUAUUGUAAGAAGACCAUCCGGCACCUGGCAGAGUACCAGGAGCACUGGUUUUACUUUGAAGCUAAAUGGCAGUUUUACUUGGAGGAGAGAAAAAUCAGUGAAGACACAGAAAGUAAAGCCAUCUUUCCUGACCAUUACGAUGCAGAGGAGAGGGAAAAGACCUAUAAGAAAUGGAGCUCAGAAGGUCGAGGAGGACGGCGGGGCCACGAUGCCCCCAUGAUUGCCUAUGAUGCCCUCUUAGGAGCCGGGAACAACUGGACAGAGCUCUGCCAACGGGCCAUGUUUCACGGAGGUGAGAGUGGGGCAACAGGGACCAUCGCAGGCUGCCUGUUCGGCUUGCUCCAUGGCCUGGGCACUGUUCCAAAAGGCCUGUACCAGGACCUGGAGCACCGGGAGGAGCUGGCACACCUGGGCGAAGCUCUUCACCGCCUGUCCACAGAGGAGAAGUAAAGCCCUUCUGCCAUUUUCCAUUUCCAGGGAGGCCACUGCAACUCUGGGUGCCCCAGGGGAGUCCUCAUUGUGGACUCUGCUCAGCUCACUGAUAAUCCACGCCUAAUUGACCAUGAGUACAUUUUAACUCUUCGCCUCCCAAUUUCAGAAUCCUAAUCAUUUAUAAAAUGCACUGUUUGUCCUA